GUUGCAGCAAACGGAAAGUUAACAACAGAAAAGUGCAGAAAGAGAGAGAGAGAGAGAGAGAGUCUGCUGUUUUUAAUUAGGCCAUGGCGGCGUUGUUGCAGUACAGUAAUUCUACCUCUUUAAUGCUCCUAUCACAUAGAAGCAAAACAAAAGCUUGUCUUAUUUAGCUUCCCCUUUGAUUAAUCUCUAUCACCAAAAGUCUUUUUUACAAUUGUCUCAUCUCUAAAAAUAUAAAAAAGUGCAAUUUGUCUUCCACAAUUUCUAGUUACUAAUUUAUCUUCCUACUUCCUCCUCUCUUUUAAGAAAGGAAAAUUAAGGGAGAGCGGGGAAAAAAACCACCACUCUUUUUUAAUUUUUUUCCUUAAACACACAAAUCAAGACACCAAAAAAGUUAAGGCAGAAAUCAAAGUUUUUAGGAUCUGAGUGAGUAUCGUUACGAAACUUAAGGGAAUUGACGGAAGGGUGAAGUGUAGCUUGCGGCUUAAUUCGACUCAACAUGGAAUUUAAGAGAUCUAAACAUAGUAAGGAGCUGUUUGUUGAUAGUACAAGUGAGCAUAUCAUUCUUGGGUCAUGCUAUGGAUUGUGAGUACUCACAAUUGAAUAUAGAAAAAAGCAUAAAGGUAGAAAAAUUGCUGGGAAGGGAAGGAUAUGGUGAUAAGCUGAAUUGUAUAAAUGAUUGAAUAAUAAAUUUUUAUUUCCACCAAAAAAAAUGGCUGGGUUCUUUUCACUAGGAGGAGGAAGAGAAACAAGUCAAGAGCAACAUCAUCAAGAAACCACUAAUCAUCACAACCCAGAGAGCAAUUGGUUCUUCUACAGAAAUCAUGAUCAAGAAUUACCCGCAUACAAAGGCUUCGAACUAUGGCAACAACAACAACAACAAGACGAGCAGCAAAAUUACCAAAUCCGAAACCCAAUCAUUAAUCCAUUACAAGAUCUUUAUCCCACUUCAGCUAUUGGAUUAGGUGUUGGUCCUACAGCAACAGAUCAUGGGGCGUCAAGAUCUGCUGCUUUUAUAAUGAUGAGAAGUAGUGGAGCUGGAAUUAGUUGUCAAGAUUGUGGGAACCAAGCUAAGAAAGAUUGUCAACAUAUGAGAUGUAGGACUUGUUGUAAGAGCAGAGGUUUACAGUGUCAAACACAUGUGAGAAGUACUUGGGUUCCAGCAGCUAAAAGAAGAGAAAAGCAACAACAAAUUGCUUCUUUGCAACAGCAACAACACAGAGAUAAUAAUAGCCCCAAAAGGCUAAAAGAUGAUCCAAGUGGUUCUUCUCUUGUUUGCACUGGUUUACCUUCAAAUACUACUGGGUUAGAAGUGGGAAAUUUUCCAUCAAAAGUAAAUUCAACGGCUGUGUUUCACCGUGUUCGAAUGAGCUCGAUUGAAGAAAAUGAAGAUCAAAUAGCAUAUCAGACAGCAGUUAAUAUUGGUGGGCAUAUUUUCAAGGGAAUUUUAUAUGAUCAAGGCCUUGAGAGUCAGUAUAAUAUGAAUGCUACUACUGGUGACAGCUCAUCUGGUGGUGAACCAGUAGUGCCACAUCAGCAUAAACUUAUCGGCACCGUCACGUCAGCGGCCACGUCCAACGCGGCCGCGGGUGGCGGUGCUGCGGUGGCGGCCGGGGAAGGGUCACAUUUUCUAGAACAUUCUAUAUACUCUGCUCCUCUAAUUAACACUUUCAUGGCAGCUGGUACGCAUUUCUUUCCACCUCCUGCGAGAUCUUGAGAUUCUUCGACAAAUUACGAAAUUGACAUUUGACUUU